CACGUGACUUCUCGUGGGUGUUUGUUUACAAAAUGGCGACUGAUGGAGAGUUUGGCGGUUACAGCUAUGACUUCGCUGAGAUUCCUCCUGAUGAUACUGUAUGCCGUAUCUGUACAUUAGUAGCACGGGAUCCUCAGCAGGUUACGUGCUGCUAUAAGAUAUACUCAAGGCCUGUCUGGUCACACUGAAAGGGAUGGACCAAGGGUUUAGCUGCCCAACUUGUCGAAGCCCGCUAAGAGGAAAGUACUUUAAAGACGGGAGAGCAGAGCAAGGAAUAAAGUCCCUUAAUAUACAUUGUACUAACUCUGAUAGCGGUUGUCAAUGGGUGGGACCUAUUAGAGAUAUUGGUAGCCAUAUUAAAGCUGACUGUCAGUAUCAACGGGUCUAUUGUCCUAAUAAGUGUGGGCAGAAGGUUAUGAGGGGGUCACUGGAGAUGCAUAUGACUGGUAGCUGUACUGAAUACUUUGUUAAUUGUCAGUAUUGCAAGCGAAAAGGUCGAUACCUACUGAUAAACAGCAGCCAUCUUGAUGAGUGUCCUGACCUCCCCAUCCAAUGCAGCAAUGAAGCUUGUGGUGAGAUGAUACCACGACGUUCACUAGCAUCACACAAGGAGACCUGCCCUAAAGCUCUCGUACCAUGUCAAUACAAUACUGUUGGAUGUAAUAAGAAGAUUAAGAGAGAGGAACAAGAGAGCCACAAUGAUGAAGCAUUGAAGGAACAUCUUGAAGCUACAAUGAAGAAGAUUGAUACUGCAAUGAAGAAGAUUGAGGUAUUGUGUCAAACGAAUCAAGUCAUUAAACUGAGCCAGUACAGAGAAAAGAAAGACAGCAAUGAGGAUUGGUAUGGGCCUUGUUUCUACACAUCACCAGGAGGUUAUAAGAUGCCAUUGAAUGUUCUUGCCAAUGGACAGGGUACCAGUAAAGGUACACAUGUCUCCUUCUUUGUGUGUCUAAUGGCUGGAGAAUAUGACGAUUCGUUGGAGUGGCCAUUUCAAGGUGAAGUUACUGUUGAGCUACUGAAUCAACUGGAGGAUCAGAAUCAUAAGAAGAUCACCAUACAAUAUAAUGAAUCAACUGAGGGCCCUUGUAAGAACGGAUCCAAUCCCAACAGGGCAGAGCUAAAGGAUGGGGGAGGAGGCGGUUCAUAUCUCAUGAAGAGUUGGAGUAUAACCCAACUGCUAACUGUCAGUAUCUGAAAGAUGAUAGUCUGUACUUCAGAGUCAGUGUGAAGGCUAAAGUGGAGUCAGCAGUAUACAUGUACUGUAAUCCUUAAACUAAUGUAGACGUUAUGUAUCAUGUAUUGAGACUAUCAUUAUACUGUAUGUAUUGAUAGUACUCAUGUAUCAUAAUCAUCAUGCUAUCAUGUAUUGGACUAUGAGGAAUCUGUUUAAUAAUUUCUUGUUUCAAUUAAGAAAUAAUUGAUUUUCUACGUUCCUCCAUCUCUCUCUAUCUCUCUCUCUCUCUAUUUCAUUUUUAUGAUGUGGUAAUAACCUCAAAUUGCCCAUGGGACAUGGGCAGUUUGAGGUUAUUACCAUUAACCACAUCAGGGAGAGGAGAUAAAAUGAAAUAGAGAGAGAGAGAUGGAGGAGCGUAGAAAAUCAAUUAUUUCUAAAUUGAGACAAGAAAUUGUUAAACAGAUUCCAGCAAGCAUUGACAUUUGAUUGGUCAGAUCCAUAGGAGGUGUAGGUUGAGCUUUGAACUAAGUAACUGGAAUGAUUGAUUGAAAAUAAGAGAAGGAGUGAGUACCAAAAAUGAUGAAAGGAAGACAAGUGCAUCAAGUUUGAAGAGACUUCAAAAUGUGGAUGUGAUCUUGUACUGUGUAUAAAUAUAAAUCAUAAUAGAAUUAAAUUAAAGUCUAUUGCGUGAACGUGUGAAUAUGUUAAUUAUAUAUGUUGUUAAUAA